UUAGCAAUCCCAGACUCUUUGUUCAACUUGAUAAGUAAAUCCCGUGCCUCUAAAUCCAUAAAGACACUGACUGAGAUUAACAUCGCCUUCCUGCCCUAUGAAUCACAGGUGUUCUCAGUGGACAGACAAGAUGCCUUCCAGGAUUUCUACAGCCCGUUUAAAGCUGAUGUAAAGAACCAGGUGUUGGAGCGUUUAGCCGAGCAAAUAGCCACCUUGUGCGCCACAAUGAAAGAGUACCCAGCUGUUAGAUACAGAGGAGAGUACAAAGACAAUGCCGUCCUGGCCCAGAUGCUUCAGGAUAAACUGGACGGUUACAAAGCAGAUGACCCCACUUUGGGAGAGGGACCUGAUAAAGCACGUUCCCAGCUAUUGAUUCUGGAUCGGGGUUUUGACCCUGUCUCUCCACUUCUACACGAGCUCACAUUUCAGGCCAUGGCCUAUGACCUACUGCCCAUUGAGAAUGAUGUCUACAAGUAUGAGACCAGUGGAAUGGGUGACACUCGUAUGAAGGAGGUGCUGUUGGAUGAAGAUGAUGACCUGUGGAUGACUCUGAGACAUAAACACAUAGCAGAGGUGUCCACGGCUGUGACUAAAUCACUUAAGGAUUUCUCUGCGAGCAAAAAGAUGAACACAGGAGAGAAGACCACCAUGAAAGAGCUCUCCCAAAUGCUUAAAAAGAUGCCACAGUACCAGAAAGAGUUAAGCAAGUAUUCAACUCACCUGCACUUAGCAGAAGACUGUAUGAAGCAUUACCAGGGCACAGUGGACAAACUGUGCCGUGUUGAGCAGGAUCUAGCGAUGGGCACAGAUGCAGAGGGUGAGAAGAUCAAAGAUCCCAUGAGAGCCAUCGUACCCAUCCUACUAGACGCCAACGUUACCAUCAUGGACAAAAUCCAAAUCAUCCUGCUCUACAUCUUCCUCAAGAAUGGUGUGUCAGAGGAGAAUCUCUGUAAGCUCCUCCAGCAUGCUCAGAUCCCUCCAGAGGACAGCGACAUCAUCUCUAAUAUGGCCCAUAUGGGGGUUCCCAUCAUUUCAGAGCAAGCAACCACACGUAAAGGGAAGAAAUCUGACCGCAAGGAAAGAAUCAGUGAGCAAACGUACCAGCUCUCCCGGUGGACUCCUUUGGUCAAAGACAUCAUGGAGGAUGCCAUUGAAGACAAGCUCGACCCAAAACAGUACCCUUACAUCUCCACACGCACAGCAUCCUCAAAGACGACCACAGCUACCAGUGCACGUUAUGGAAACUGGCAUAAAAACAAGAGCCCAGGAGAGAUACGCAACGGCCCACGCAUCAUCGUCUUCAUCAUUGGGGGUGUGACCUACAGCGAGAUGCGCUGUGUCUAUGAGGUCACGCAGGCCAAUGGCAAAUGGGAAGCUCUCAUCGGCUCCACUCACACCAUCACUCCUGUUAAGUACCUAAAGCAUCUGCAGCACCAAGACUUCCUGGACCCCAACGCGGCCCCCGAGGACCAGCUUCCUGCAGAAGAUAAGUGAUGAAGACAAGAAAAAAGAAUGUGGUGACGUCAUUGCCCUGACUCACGAUUCUGAUGUCUUCAGUGACAUGUUCCUACGAAGACUGAUUUUUUUCUUAACUUACACAACCAUACAAUAUAUCAGGCAGUCUGUCACCCUUCAGCACUUCCCUUGUCAGCAAUAGGCUAUAGUGAAGUAUAUUACAUAAAUAGCCUUUGUUACAUUUAUAAUCACCUUAAUAUUAACCUCAGAUUACAUCAAAGAUCAUUGUCAAAUAUAAGGAAUUAUUUAGGUGUCAUUCUCCAUUGUUGAUAUUAUGGGACCAGUCGACUUGAGAGUGUACUUCAUAGGUAGAUAAAAUAAUAAGAGAAGAUUAUUUGAACACAGCAUAGCAAAUUGAGUUUGAGAUUCCAGUUUCCUCUUCUGUAAAGUUAUUUUGAAUUGAAUCAGUAGUUUGACCUGCCAUGCAGUGUCUGCCAAGCAUGAUGUGUGUCUGUUGCGUGAUCAACUUAAUACUGGAUGUCCCAUUGUGAAUAUCAACUGCUUUGUGUUAUUUUAAUAUUGUGGUUUGGAAAUAAUAGUUACUAGUCCUGUAUAUAGUCCUGUUAAUAUAGUAAAACCUCCCUUGUUGAUAUUCUAUUUUUCUUUUACAUCUCGACUGCUCCUUGUGUAGUAAUGUAGAAUGAUUGCUUUUUAUGUCAAAAUCUUUUAUUUACGCUAAGAAUACACAUUCAUGCUGUGUAAAUAUAUAAUCUAUAUGCCAUAUUCAAAUAUAUUCAACAUGAUUAACACAUCAGAGGUUAUGAAGUGCAAACUAUUGUCUUGUGCAUAUAGUAAAAUAAACUG